AGGUAUUGGUGACUGUAACAAUCAUCAUGAUGGUAGAUCAAAGACAAGGAAAAGGUGAAUACAUUCAGUGGAGACCAGAAGAGAGCAAAUUGUUGAUUGAGCUAGUAGCAAGCUGCUUCAAGGAGGGAUGGGUUGAUCCCAAUGGAAAAAUGUUCAAGAAAACCGUUGAGACAAAGAUACUUUCAGUUCUUAACGAAAAAUUUAAUAGCAGGAAGACUUAUAAGAAUUUUAUUAACCGAAUGAAGAUAUUGAAGAACCAAUACCGAGAUUUUGUCAAUCUUCUGCAUUUUGAUUCUAAGGUUCAAUGGAAUCCAAUCACAAAGAAGUUCACUGCUCCUGAUGAAGUGUGGACUGCUUACCUUAGAGAUUUUCCUAAUCAAAGACAUGUACGUAACGAGACAUAUGAAGAAUAUGAGAAUAUGAAGCUAGUAUUUGGGGGAAUGAGAAGAUUUGAGAGAUUACAUUCUCAACCAUCGAAAGUGAGAACGAACGAGAUAAUGAAACAAGAAGUGGAUCUAACUAAUGAUGAUGACGACGUUCAUGAAAUCCGUGAAACCGAAACUGAUGUAUUUGGUGAUUCAUCAGACUAUGCAUCCGUCAAAGACAAGAAUCUUUUGGCAAAGAUUUGCACAGAGCUAAGAUCAGUUGAGUCGGCCACUAAACAGAUGAUUCACAUAAUGCAAGGAAGAUCAAUGGUUGACGAAAACAAGAAGAUCAAUGUUUGGGAGGCUAUCAAAGAGAUUCCUAAUUUAUCCAACCAUGUCCAAUACAAAGCUCUUUCCAUGAUUCAAAAGCUUGAAAUGAGAGACAUAUUUGUUAGUAUGUCUGUUGAAGAUCGUCUUGGUUGGAUUCAGUGGAAUACCCAACCAAAAACUUAA